CUGUCAACGAAAAUCUUAAAGUGGAUUUGGUGUGUUGUGAGUGUUCGUGGUCAUAAGGUUCGAGUAGCCGUGCGGUGGCAGCAGUUCGGUUUUAUCUUCCUCAGUUUUUAAUCAGUUCAGAGUUCUUCAUCUUCCAAACGAUCCUCAUUUCAUAAAGUUGAUUUUAAGGAAUUCGUCAAAUUGAAACGACACUCCUAGUGCACCCUCAGCCGAUGUGUUCCACUGUACACAUUCCUCAGUUGAGAGUUUAAAGUCCAAUCCGCCUGCGGAGGAAGCAACCAAGGAUGUUCACAUUACUCAGAGCCGUCCGAGGGACGGGGCUUCGAGCCUGCGGAGCAAGGUUCGCUUCAGAUGCGGUCGCCUACCCAAAGAUCACCACGCAUUACACGGUGUGCCCAAGGGAAAAGGACGAACGAUGGGCCGAUGUAAACAUGGAACGAUUCGUUGACGAAGUCGAUAUUGUGAUUAUUGGCGGCGGGCCAGCUGGGAUGUCGGCAGCGAUAAGAGCCAAACAACUAGCCGCCGAACAAGAAAAGGAAAUUCGAGUCUGCGUAGUCGAAAAAUCAUCAGAAGUUGGCGGUCAUAUCCUAUCCGGAGCUGUGGUUGAUCCAGUAUCGCUGAACGAAUUGAUCCCGGAUUGGAAGGACAGAGGGGCUCCCCUAAAAACCCCAGUCAAGCAUGAUAAAUUCUCCCUGCUUACGGCAACCGGAAGGGUGCCAAUUCCAAUCUUCCCUGGAUGGCCUAUGGAUAAUCGUGGGAACUACAUUGUCCGCUUAGGGCACCUGGUAAAAUGGCUUGGCGAACAAGCUGAAGAGUUGGGCGUUGAAAUUUAUCCGGGAACAGCCGCAGCAGAAAUCCUAUUCCAUGAGGACGGCAGCGUCGGAGGAGUCGCUACAAACGACGUGGGCAUUGCCAAGGAUGGAUCUCCAAAAGACCUUUUUGCACGUGGCAUGGAACUACGUGCAAAAGCUACAAUUUUCGCCGAAGGAUGCCGCGGGCACUUGACAAAACAGAUUAUGAGCAAUUUCGGUUUGAAUGCAUCGAGCGAGCCUCAAACGUACGGAAUUGGGUUGAAAGAAAUUUGGGAAAUCCAACCAGAGAAACAUCAACCUGGUUUAGUUGAACAUACCAUUGGCUGGCCUUUGGAUAAAAACACAUACGGAGGCUCCUUCCUGUACCACUUGAACGAAGACUCGCCACUUAUCGCUGUGGGUUUCGUGGUGGGCUUGGAUUACAGCAAUCCAUGGCUCAGUCCAUUCCAAGAGUUCCAACGGUUUAAAACUCACCCGCAAGUCCGACAGAUUUUCGAGGGUGGCACCAGGAUUGCAUAUGGUGCUCGCGCUAUCAACGAAGGUGGCUUCCAAUGUUUGCCAAAACUAACGUUCCCCGGUGGCUGCCUGAUAGGGUGCAGCGCCGGAUUCUUGAAUGUGCCCCGUAUUAAAGGCUCUCAUUAUGCGAUGAAGAGCGGCAUGCUGGCGGCGGAGAGCAUUUGUGAUACCCUGUUCUCUGGAGAAACUCAAGAAAAGGCUGGGUUGGAACCGAAAAGCUACCCCGACAAAAUUAAAAACUCCUUCAUAUGGAAAGAUCUCUACAAAGUUCGUAACAUCCGACCUUCAUUCCAUGGUGGUCUAGGAAUGUACAGCGGAAUUCUCUACAGUGGAUUUUCAAUCUUCAUGGGCGGUCGGGAACCGUGGACCCUUUCACAUGGAGGAGCCGAUAACACGAAACUCCGGCCAGCUAAGGAAUGCACUCCUAUCGAAUAUCCAAAGCCCGAUGGGAAAAUCACCUUUGACUUGCUCUCGUCAGUCGCUUUGACCGGUACCAAUCACGAAGGCGAUCAACCCGCUCAUUUAACCUUAAAGGAUGACACUGUACCUGUAAAACAUAAUUUGGCACUUUAUGAAGGCCCAGAGUCGCGUUUUUGUCCGGCUGGUGUCUAUGAAUUUGUCCCAAAUGACGAGGGAGGUAACAUGAAGCUACAGAUCAAUGCCCAAAAUUGCAUUCACUGCAAGACGUGCGACAUCAAGGACCCGUUGCAGAACAUCAACUGGGUUGUGCCAGAGGGAGGUGGCGGCCCAGCCUACAAUGGAAUGUAAUUAUUUACCUAACACAAUUGGGUUUGAAUGACUGUACUGCGGUGUACAAUCCAGGCAGGCGGGACAAUGUAAAAUGAGUUUAUCAUUGGCAAAAGACUUGGAGAAUUAAGUAAAUAAUUAGGAAAAUCUACAAAAAAUAUAAAGUCUGAAAAUUUGUAUAUAUACAAUUGAAAAAGUCAAUAUUUUUGCAAUAUAUAUCUAUUUUACCAACAAAGUCGUUCGAAACUGUAA